UCUUUUUGGCAGGGGGGAGUGAGAACUCUAAAGUCUAAACGAAACAAAAUGUCUGCCGAAAACAGGCUUUUGUCAAAGUUUAGUGUUCUUCCUGUGGACAAAUUCGAGGGAGAAUGUCCUUAUUUCCGACAACCGAAGCAAGUGGGUUGCUUCUCUUUAGACGAGCAACGAAGAUUUCUGGACAACGACAGUCGGCUAAGGUAUUACAACCCACCAGAAUUUGUGAACUUUGAUCUAGGAGUGGGAUAUGAGGAUUUUAUACGCAGAGACGAAGAUAAGAAAGAUAGACUGGAUGACAUGUUAACGUGGGUUAAAAAGCACCCUGAGAAGUUUGCAUUGAGUGGAAAUACCUCGAAAAACGACGUAUACUCUCACUUCUCAAUUAGUCUGCAUACAGAUUUUAUCACAUGGAGAGGACACAUGACCAAGCUCCUGUGUACCCCUUAUGAGAGAAAGGAACCAUGGCAAAUGGCUCUGGCCUUGCACAAAGGCACAAUUUAUAUGAGCGAAGUUGAAACGAACGAAGCACGCCAUCGUAGGCUGGACCAAUCGGAACGUCAGGACAAAAUGUGUUACUGGGGUUACAAGUUUGAGGAUUACGUCACUUGUUCCAGGGAGCCAUCAAAACCGAAGGAAUUUAGCUCGCCCAUAAACAACAUUGAAGCAUUCUGUUCGGUUGUGAGAUCACGGUUGGAUAAACACUCUUUGGUCUUUGGAGCCGAGGUUGACUGUUGUGUCAAAACUAAUUCUAAAGGUGGGAUGCCACCAUCUAAUUAUAUUGAAUUGAAAACAAGCAGGAUUGUUGAGAACGACCGGAUGCAGUGGUCAUUUGAACGAUACAAGCUUUUGAAAUGGUGGGCACAGUCUUUUUUAGCCGGCAUUCCUAAAAUCGUUUGCGGAUUUCGUGAUGACGAUGGCUUUGUUAAGCAGCUCAAGACAUUCAAUACGCUAGACAUUCCAGGAUCGGUUGCGGAAAGUCAGAACAUGUGGGCAGGUAGCGUGUGUUUGAAUUUUUGUAAUCGGAUGUUGGAAUGGGUGAAAGGUGCCGUAAAAGAUGAGAAUGUUGUGUACAUGUUACAUUGGAGAGAACCAUUCACGCACAUAGAACUGGAGUUGUCAAAGAAACAAGAUGACAUCUUUCUACGGGACUGGUAUCUCUCAUGAAGAAUCUACCCUCAUGUAUAUAUAUUUGAGACCAGAAUUUUUUAAGGUUACGAAUUUUAAGAUAUUUAUAAUGAAUAUAAUGAUAGUGACAGUGUUUUGUGUCAAUAAAUUAUUCUUAAUAUAAUUGGGA